CAGCAACUGGGAGAAGAGUCGAUCGAAAUCUGGUACGUUUGACAGCCGCUUGUUGCUUAAAAAACUAAAGAUAUCUCAACAGUCAAUGUGAAAUAUUAGUAUUUAUAUAAUAAUGUCUAAUAAUCUGCCGGAAUUGGUGAGAGUGCAUCAGUUUGAUACUGAGAAAGUUAUCCGUGAAGUAAUGGGACCUGCACUUCUCGGUCGUGCUGAUAAAGGCGAGUUGCAGGAGUUGGAAGGCGAUGAAGUUCGACUUGAUACCUUUGUACAAAACCUUGCAGUGAUCAAGGAUAUCCAAUCAAUGCGAGAACAGCUGACUACUUGCAUUCGAACUCUAGCUGAAUACAAUUUGAAUAUGGAACCCAAACUCAAUCAAGGCAGAGAAAAGCUGUUUGAAUCAUAUCAAAACAGAGAAACCUUAGAAGCCCAGUUUGAGAGAAAUAAAAAGAAAAUAGAGGAACUAUCUGGCCAGUACUCAAUGGAUACUACCAUGGCUCUCCUUCAAACCGCAACUGCACAAGCAGAAGAAGAAGCAGAGAAAACAGUUGACAAGUAUUUGGAAGGAGACAUGGAUGUUGAAACAUUUAUUCAGACUUUCCAACAACAGAAAACUUUACACCACUUACGAAGAGUAAAAUCAGAGAAACUAAAUGAGCUAUUACAGAAAAGGACACCUUCACAGAACUACCGGUUCUAAAACAAGCAAAUCUUAAAGUUAUAACGAAGUAUGAUGUCUUUGGCAUUUCAAGGUUUGUCAGACACCAGCUUCAAGAGAAUCUCAUUAUGUCAGUGUAUGACAAUGCUACAUGACAUUAUACUUUUAACAAUUUAAUCUUGCUUUAGGAACAGUAGGUAAAUUAGAUUAUACUUAGCAAGAAAGGUAGUAUUAAUUGUAAUAACUGAUGUAAUUGUAAUGACAUGGUUUUGAAUGUAAAAAAUGAUAAUAAUAUUAAGACAUUUUCAAUUUAUGAAAA